AUCCGGGCAUUGUAAAUAUGGCAGCCCCCUUUAAAGCAAUCCAGCCAAACUCAAAGGAAUUUUAUUAAUGGCCUAGUGAGCAUUUUCUAAAUUCACAUGACAUCGACAGCGAAGAUUUUAUAUUCUUAACAUGAUUCCACGUCCAAAACCCGGGGAGACUGAAGAUGACUUGUUGAAAUUUCAGCAAGAAUUCCUUUCUAAAAAAGAACAGAGUGCCGCUAGUGUUGUUAGGAAGCCAGAUAAAAGAAAGACCAUCCAAUCAAUUGGUUGCGUUGAAAAAGAUGUGGUUGAUAUAGAUGGUCUACCACCCACUAAACCUAAAUCUGGUCAGGAAGGGCCUAAUAUUCCUCACAAGAAAAGCAGGUUCUCUGCAUCAAGAGAAGCCUCUGCAAAAGGAGUUGAAGAAGAUGACCCAGAGGCAAGAAUUGACAAGCAAGACCGACAUAUGGCCGCAGUACUUACCAAAAUUGUGGAGCGAGAUACUAGGAACAUACAGCCACUCACUUCUGUACUGGAGUGUUCAUCAGGAUUUCCAAAGGUUAUACACAGAGGAAAUUUGGAACAGGAUAAGACAGAUCAUAACAAGAAACCCAAAAGUCUGUUUGCACAACAGAUGUCCAAAAUGUCUGCCAGUGAUUUUGGACUAGUGGUGAAAGUAAAAGAAAAACCACCUGAUAUGGAGGUCAUUGUAUCAGAAGAAAAUGGAGUAGGUGCACAUGUUUCAAAGGAAAGUAGUUCCAACAUCAUAAAAGGAAUUGGACUCAGUGCAACCUUUGGUGAAGAAGAGGCCCAGAAAAUUCAUCAUGAAAAUAUAAGCAAAUUGGCUUCCCUUACUUCAGAGGAAAUUCAGGAGGAAAGAAAUAAACUCUUGCAAAUGCUAGACCCAAAAUUGGUGAGUUUUUUGGCAUCAAAGAGGAACAAAGAGUCCUCUUCAGAACAUAUGCCUUCUCCCCACCUGCCAGAGUCAAUGGAGACAGCACAAUCUGAACCCUUUAAAUCAAAACAGAGUAGUACAGAAGUUGAAGAAUUGGACUUGCCCAUUAAACCUGACAGAAAAUGGGUCCACAUGGAUAAAGUGGAGUGUGAUAAACUGUCAUGGCUGAAGGAUCUCCCUCCUCCCUCUACUGAUCAUAACAAGACAGGGACAACUGCUCGUUUUGAUUUUGAGGGCAAUCUAGUGACAGCGGAUGAGGGAAUUGAUGUGAAAUUUGGACUUCAUCACCAUGGAGAUGAACCAGAGAGGGCGGGUUAUUCUCUUGAAGAGCUAUUUCACUUGUGUAGAAGUACCAAUAUUCAGCAGAGGAUAUUGUCACUGAAAACUCUAGGAAAUAUCCUAACUAAGGCUAGGAAUGGUGACCUGGAAGACCAGAUAAAUUCAGCCAUUUUGCCGACAGUGCUGAAUGCUGGGAUCCUCUUUCUGAUUCGCUGGGCAAUGGAUGACAGUAUAGAAAGUGUCGUCUGCAUGUCCAUCAAAACUCUGCGCUCCAUCAUCAUGUCUGAUGCAGAUGAGGAGUCUUUAGACAGAGUGUUUUCAUGGUUUCAAGGACAUGUGUCACCUUGUUUUAAGACAUUGGUGAUGUCAGAUGAAAUGACUUCAAAGGACCCUACUCCUGAAGAUGAAACACCUCAAGAGACAGAUGCUGAUGUCCUGAAACGAGAUGUCAUAUAUUCGUUGGUGAUGCAGAUGAACCUCCUCCCACGAUUGCGACACAUUCUGUCCCAGUCACACCCGCAAGCCCCCUCAGUCCUCCAUUGUAUCGAUAUCCUUAUCAGAAUCGUCAGGCACUCCCCACAGAUGGCUUAUGAGGUGGAGAGAUGCCCUGGACUUAUAGAGUUGAUUAUUGAAGAAUUUCUGCCGACCAGCUGGAAAAUGUUAGAUGUGAGAGCUCCACUCUCCGAUCUUUACGGUGUUCCUGUACCCAGUGCUAUGAAGCUUGUCAGGUGUUUGGCACAGUCUGGCAGGAACCUAGCCGCAACAAUGCUCAAUAAAUACCAUAUAAGGGCCAGGUUUUUAAGAUAUUUAGUGGAGAAAAAUGCAGAAAAUUUGUUGCUACCUCAAAAUGAGGCUUUGAAACUUCAGAUAGAAGGUUACAGAGCCUGGAGAACCUGUCUUAGUUACGGUCUGGCAGCAGAUCUCUUCACGGACAUAUUUCCGUGUGUACUUUCACAAUUAGCUGUUCUUCAGAAGGAACACCUGGAGAGUAAUUCCAAUCUUGUGUGUAUAAGAACGACAGCAUUCAUUACAGUUCUAGAAUCAGUUGUGUCACUGGCUGCUCAAAGUGAUCAAAGGAAAUUUGGAUCAAGUGUUAGCAAACUCUCAAGGGAUGAGAACCACAGUCUGUUGCCUAAUGUCACAUGGAGCCAAGUCACAGAUGUUAGUUUAGUUGUCAUGGAUACUUGUCAAAAAUGCUUAAAGAAGCUAGGAAAGACAUACCAACAUAAGAAAUUCAACUUGGAUUUUGAGGUUUCUUGUCUGAAUUUCAUGGCAUCAUAUUUCCUAUCCUGGUCCUCACAUAAAAGUUUUAAUCCAGUAGAAGGUCUUGAGUAUGUGGAGAAGAUUUAUACAGAUGUGUUGAGACCACUCAUUAAAUCACUGGGGUUCCGUAGUGUACUGUCAGACUUAUGUUCUUGCUCAAGCGUCCUUAAUCCAGCCCAUCAGUUGAAGAUGGAGUGUGCUGAAAAUUUACCAGGACUGAGUUUGAGAAUGAAAAAUGGACAUUUAGUAGAACCGUGUUUGCAGGAGUAUUCUCCCUUUGGUGUUAUCAUAGCAGUUAUGAGGGUGCUAUAUGUCGUCAGCCAAAUCCACAGAGGCCUUCCAGAAAAGAUUGCUGAACUUAUAUCUACGGAGGAAAACUUACUAACGUACCACAGAAAAAUAGCGAGUUCUCCUAAAUAUACCUCAGCAUGUCAUUUCAACAAAUAUGAAAAUAUGUUGAUGUAUUACUUCAUCAAAAUAGUAACAAAGAAUCCUUCCAGUAAGCAGACAGCACCUCUUAUUCAGAAACUUGUGCUCAGAUUAAUUACACAGCUACAACAUGGAGAUGAGUUCUUAAUACACGACCUUUUAUCAACAGUAAUGUUCUCACCAAAUGUUUGGAAGCAAGGUGAGGAAGAAGUGAGAAGUGUCUUGGAAGAUCUCCAGUUGUCUGAUGCUGUACAUCUCUGCAGUGCCACCCAGGAACAGGUGUCUCUGAAUCAAACUCAACUGGUGACUGCCACUCUUUCUGAAUUAGUGUCCAUCAGAGCUGCCUAUCUUCAGGCUUUUUCCAGCCAACAAAAGAGAGCAAUACAUUCUAGACACAGAUUUUUGAUGCAGGCCUUAGAUGUUCAGAACCUGGUUACCUCUACACCAACAGAGACCCUUCUACCAAUGGACUGGAUGUAUCUACCUCUAAUAGACCUCUACAACAGAUUUAGCUCGGUGGGGGCUGAUGUACAAAAUGCAUUGUCUAAGACUGAGGUUUCCAUGGUGACCAGUGUACUAAGAUGGGUAUAUCUCCUGGAGAAGUUCCAGCCCAAGGUUACAAGUUCUGUGUCGGUUACUUUGAGAGUCUCCAGGGUUAUGUGUACCUUUCUGACAGGUAAUGAUUUAUUCAUGGAGAAGACUGUGUACCUGUACCUUGCUGCCUUGCUCAGGGAAUUCUCCUCACCUCAGCUGUUGGAUCAAAUGGAUUUUAAUGAGCAAAUUCCAGGGAUUGUGUCAUUUUAUGAUUUAUACUCUCUCCUUCUUCAGCAGUAUGAGGCUGUGUCGUUUGGAGAUUCUCUGUUUGCCUGUUAUAUUCUGUUCCCUAUGCAGCAAAAGCAUGACAUACAGCUGAGAAAGGCUUUGUGGACAGAGCAAUAUGGAAUUCUUCGUUGUCUGAACAUUUCUUUGAAAGAAAUUCCAAUACCACUGGACAGAUUUUUGAAUCCUGAAGAGUCAGAUGUGGAGUUAAUCAGACUGUACUUCCAGAAUCUUUUGUCCAGGAGACUGCAAUCUCACUGGUCUCCUCUCCUGUAUUUGAUUGCCAUUCAUCAUGUGAACAGGUUCAUUUACAACCAGGAAAAGAAACACACUCAACUAAAACAUGGGAUAAUUCAGCAGGCCCUUAAAUCCCCCCAUAAGGAAUUGUGUCAGCAUAUACUGCACUACAAAAUGGUGGAUCCAGAAAAGGAUUGUGGGAUUGAACUGUAUGUUGAGCUACCACAAAUAAGGAGAAGUCUGCUGGAACAAAUUUGAGCCCUAGGACCUUCUUCAUAAUGUCUCUUUAGUUGUACAGAACUAGCUUAAGUGAUGAUGGACACGUGAUUAUUAUCCAUAUCUAAUGUUAUUCUUCCAUCAUCAACGUACUCUGUCACUUGGGUGACAAAAAAUGAAGAUUUAUUCCUUUUAUUGUGCAGUAUUUCUGUAGUACAGGUUAUGAUAAUAAAGAAUUUAUCAUUAUC